AUGGCUAAUCGUAAGGAUUUUGAAAUUCCAAUUACCGACGAAAAUGACGUUUUGCAGAUUACAGCUUUGGGUGCCGGCAACGAAGUUGGAAGAUCUUGCCUGCUUGACGCGGGUAUUCAUCCUGCAUAUAAUGGUCUUGCAGCUCUUCCGUUUUAUGAUGAAAUUGAUCCUGCAGCCGUUGAUGCGUUGCUUAUUAACAUUUUUGUUUCUAAUGGUUUUCGAAAUAUUAGUUUUCAUUUGGAUCAUGCCGCUUCUUUACCAUAUUUUUUAGAAAAGACAACAUUUGAGGGACGCGUGUUUAUGACUCAUCCAACAAAAGCGAUUUAUAAGUGGUUACUAUCCGAUUAUGUGAGAGUUAGCAACGUGGCAUUAGAUGAAAUGCUUUAUGAAGAACAAGAUCUUUUGCAUAGUUAUGAUAAAAUUGAAGCUGUUGACUACCAUCAGGAAGUCGAAGUUGAGGGGAUAAAGUUUACAAGUUACAAUGCUGGCCAUGUUUUAGGUGCUGCUAUGUUUCUGAUUGAGAUUGCUGGAAUUUUAUACACUGGUGAUUAUUCGAGAGAGGAGGAUAGACAUCUAAUGGCCGCUGAACUACCUCCUGCGCAGCCAGAUGUAUUAAUCACGGAAUCUACCUAUGGUGUUCAAAACCACGAACCACGUCUCGAAAAGUAUAAAAGUGUUAAUAUCAGUCGUUUUCGUUUUCUAAUACUUCUUCAACGUGGUGGUCGUUGUCUUAUGCCUGUUUUCGCACUGGGACGUGCUCAAGAGUUACUCUUGAUUCUUGAUGAAUAUUGGGAAGCACACCCAGAAUUAGAAUCCGUUCCCAUUUAUUAUGCAUCUUCUUUAGCCAAAAAAUGUAUGGCAGUUUAUCAGACAUACAUCAACAUGAUGAAUUCCAAAAUCAGGAAACAAUUUGCCAUAUCCAAUCCUUUUGUAUUUAAACAUAUCUCAAACUUAAAGAACAUGGACAACUUUGAUGAUGUAGGGCCCUGCGUAAUGAUGGCCAGUCCUGGUAUGUUACAAAGUGGAUUAUCGCGUGAAUUGUUUGAAAGAUGGUGUCCUGAUAAAAGAAAUGGUCUAGUUAUUACUGGGUAUUGUGUCGAUGGAACUAUGGCACGGCAUGCUAUGACGGAACCACCUGAAGUAACAUCAUUGUCAGGUGCUAAAAUUCCAUUAAAUAUGUCUGUUGAUUACAUAUCUUUUUCGGCUCACGUUGAUUAUAUACAAAACAGUAAAUUCAUUGAUGAGAUUAAAGCGCCUCAUGUGGUUCUUGUUCACGGAGAAUCUAAUUCUAUGGCUAGAUUGAAAUCUGCUUUACAAAGCAAGUAUGUUGAACGAGAAGAAAAUAUUAAAAUUUACUCUCCAAAAAAUUGUGAAACUGUCAAAUUGUAUUUCAGAGGAGAAAAAUUGGCAAAGGCUAUAGGUCGCUUGGCGGCAAAAUAUCCCGCUGAAAAUCAACUUGUAUCUGGAAUUAUUGUAUCUAAAGAUUUCCAAUUCAACAUUAUGGAUCCUAAUGAUCUUAAAGAUUUUAGCGGAAUAUCUACCUCAGCGAUAAUUCAAAAACAAACUAUCGCAUACCACUCUUCAUUCUCUCUAUUAAAAUAUCAUUUAGAACAGAUGUACGGUCCCCUAGAAGAAACAUUAGAUGACGAUCAAGUGCCUAUUUUUAUCAUUUUGGAAAACAUUAAAGUGAGACAUAUUAGCAAAAGUCAAGUUCAACUUGAAUGGUCGAGUACUUCCAUGAAUGAUAAUAUCGCUGAUUCCGUACUAGCAGUCUUGCUGAAUAUUGAAAGCAGUCCAGCAUCCGUAAAAAUUACGAAGCAUUCACACACGACAGAAGGUUCUUCCGAUAAUUUGAUGGAAAUUGAUGAACAAAAGAUGGAAACAAAGAAAACAGAAUUAUCACCUAAUACAUCAAUAUCGUCACGAGAAGCUACUGAAAAUUAUUUAAGGAAACAGUUCGGAGAAAUAUCUAGUAAAGACGAUUCUAAAGAUGAAAUCAUUAUUAAGACGGAUGAUCGUGUCGCAGAAGUCAAUCUUAGCACUCUAGAAGUCAAAACUGAUGACGAUAUAUUAAGAAAUCGAAUAACCACAAUAUUACCGCGCGUUACCAAACUUCUACAUUCUUUAGAAUCUUGUCCUGAUAACUUUGCUAAAAGAGAAGGAAAUGUAUUUGAGGAAAUUGAUAAAAGUAAAAAAGUUUUAAUAAGAAAUAAAAGAACUGUUUUUGAAGAAAAUAAAGUGGUUGUAUUGGAAGAUAGUGAAGAAAAAAACAAGGCACAAGUAAUAUUUGCAGCAGAUAAAGCACCUGUAAUGGUAUCUACUCAAAGACAAUCUACCUAUAACAGUAAUAUAGCACCUAUAACAACUUUAUUAACAAUGAUUCAAACAACAUCAGCUCCAACUAAAGUGACUUUAUUAACGAUGACUUCAACAAUGUCAGCUCCAACUAUAGCUAUUAAUGAAAAAAGCCUAAAAAAAAUUACUAUAUAA